GGCGGCGGCCCGGCAGCAGGAGGCAGCGGGGAGGCUCCCCCGGCGGCCCCGCCGCCCGCCGCUAGCCCGGCGGGGCAUGCCCGGCCCCGCCAUGCCCGCCUGGGGGAUCCUGCCCGUCACGCUGCCCGCCUUCACCAUCACCGGCAUGUGGAUCGUGUACGCCAUGGCGCUCUCCAACAACCACAUCUGCCCCGUCCACAACUGGAAUUACAACCAGUCGUGCGGCGUGGAUGGCCCCGACUCCUGCUGCACGCUGGAUCACAUCCCCCUUGUGAGCAAGUGUGGCACCCUGCCUCCUGAGAGCUGCUUCUUCAGCCUCAUCUGCAGCUUGGGCUCCUUCAUGGUCAUCCUGGUGGGGCUGCUGAGGUACGCCCACGUCCUGGAGCGUGUCGGGCCGUCGCUCCUCAACACCCUGGGGCUGGCCACCGGCUGGCUCUGUGCCGCCGGCCUCACCAUGGUCGGCAACUUCCAGGUGGAUCACGCCAAGGUGCUGCACUACAUCGGAGCAGGGGUGGCCUUCCCCACCAGCAUGCUGUUCGUCUUCCUGCAGUCCGUCCUCACCUACCGCAUGGCCAAAACCCGCGGGCAUUACUGGACCGGCCACCUGCGUAGCAUCCUCACCGCCGUGGCCUUCAUCACCCUCGUCUUCAGCGGUGUGUUCUUCAUCCAGGAGAGCUUCGUGCUGCAGCACGUGGCCGCACUGUGCGAGUGGAUGUUUAUCAUCGACGUCCUGGUCUUCUACGGCACCUUCACCUUCGAGUUCGGGGCCAUCUCCACGGACACCUUCCUGGUGCUGCUGAAAGCCAGCCGGGCCCCCAAAAGUUACAAAGGCGAGAGCAGCCUGCCCGGCACGGCCUGCAUCCACGGCGCGGAGGGUCUGGCCAUGGUGUGACCCCGAUGGGAGGCAGGCUGAUGGUGGGGACCAGCAAGUGGGGCUCUGCCAGCGGCUCCCCGCCUCGAAUGUCUCCCAGACCCCGCGUGCUUUGGGGUGCACGUGUGUGUGCGUGCACACGUGGUGCUUGGUACGUGCCCCCCGACCGGGAGCUGCAGCCGGGCUCCUCCAGCAGCUGAGGCCCUGCAGCCCCCAGGGAACAGGAGCUGCCCCCCAAGGGCUGCUAGGGGACGGGGGUCAGGGUUGUCCCCUCUGUGUCCUUGGCUGUCGGAGACAAUCAUGCGGGGGGAGCACCCCACUGGUGUGAGCCCGUCCUGGAGGCUGGUGGGAGCGGGGAGGGCGAUGAAUGAGUGUGUGCGUGUGUACAUAGAGCUACGUAUAUAUAUAGACAGAUGUAUAUACACA